AUGAUCGAAGACGAUAUCUACCGUACCUCGUCUCAGUAUCGACUAUGGUCCUACACUGAGGCUUCUUUACAAUCACUCCGGGCGACGACAAAUGCUGUGGCCAGUGAGCGUGUACGGGCUGCCUUGCGCAGGGCACGCGAGACUCAACCGUCGGCCGCGUCCUCUGCAGCUGGCACGCCGCAGCCGGGCAGCGACAUGGAUGGCAAAAGCAACGAAGAAAAGCCGAUUGAGUGUUUGACACCAGAGGAGGAGCUUGUUCUGGUGCGGUAUUAUUGUGAGAAGACGCUGGAGCUAGGGGAGACGUACAAGCCACCGCUGCCAACAAUGGUUCGGGCCACUGCGAUUCAAUACCUCCGCCGCUUCUACCUAACCAAUUCACCUAUGACAUACCACCCGAAGUCGAUCAUGGCGUGCGCGCUCUUCCUUGCGACGAAGACCGACAACUACUAUAUGUCGCUUCGACAAUUUGCAGAGGGUAUUCCGGGUGACACAACUACAGAGGAUGUUAUUACACCAGAGUUUCUGCUCAUGCAGGGACUUCGUUUCACCUUUGAUGUACGGCAUCCGUUCCGAGGACUCGAGGGCGGCAUCAUGGAACUUCAAGCUAUCGCACACGGUCAAGGCCAAGCAGCCCCUCACCUACCACAUGAGACUUCCGAAGACCUGCAACAGGGGUUAAUGUCUAUCGCGCCUCCUCCAGUCCCAUCAUCAUCGAUGUCCGAUCGCAUCGCACGAGCCCACGGCACAACUCGUGAGCUGCUCAAGACCGCGGCCCAAAUGACCGAUGUCUACUUCCUCUACACACCCUCCCAAAUAUGGCUUUCCGCCUUUCUUAUAGCCGAUCGACCCUUGGCUGAGUUCCUUCUGGACGUUAAACUCGGCGGCCCCGUCACACCCGCCACAGCUACCUCCGAAACAACCCAAAAUGGUCUCCAAAACCCCCUAUAUGAAAUCCGUUGCAAGCUUCACCGCGUCUUAACUGACUGCACUGCUUUCCUCCAAUCCUACACGCCGCUCUCCUCUGAUCCCGCCCAAAUGAAGAGUCUCAAGCGCAUCGCAAAGAAGCUUUACCAUUGCCAGAACCCCGAGAAAGCAAAUAUGGCUGCCCAAAAGCGGGAAUCAGCACAGCCAUCCACUGGCGUGCCAAGCGAAUCUGGGAUGGCCAACUCCGAGAGUGAGUCGGAACGCUUGGCGAAAAAGCGGAAGUUGGAGCAGGAACAAAAUUUCCGCGAGAGCAAUGACGUCUUUGGUCCCGAGCUGGUCACUCAGCGAACAAAACAGCAGUAA